AUGGAUAUUCGGGAAUGGGAUAGGCGAGGUAAAAAAGUCGAAGAUGCAAUUGUCUCAGAUAGUGCAAGGAAGCAAAGGCGUCAGAACUUGACAACUAGUGCAAGGAGAGAUAUGACUGCUAAAUCCGCUUCAAGUGCUCAAGAUGGAACUCAACAAGCAAGUCAAGAAGGUCUUCAACCAAGUGCCCCUCAAUCAGAACCAGUUCAAGAAGGUGUGAAGGAUAUUCCAGAAGGUGUAAUCCUUGGGAUGCCGGAGGAUGGAGGACAAUUUUUAUUUGGAUACAAAGACUCCUGGGCCAAAGAAAUAUAUAAAACCGAGUAUCAUUCCGAUGCGGUUCGGUUGCUCAAACCGACCGCCGCACCAACUAAAAUGCUGGAUUGGCCUUUGAAGGAUGAAUGUGAAAGGUUCAAGACCAUUAUUGCAAAUUCAGGGUUGGCUGAUGCUGCGGAGAACUCAAUGUUGGAACAUGACCGGGUGGCUAUAUCGACGUUUGUGGAGAGACUUUAUCCUGAGACCGACACCUUCCAUAUGCCAUUUGGAGAGAUGACGAUUACCCCAGUUUAUGUUGUGCAGAUUGUUAGACUCCCUGUGCAUGGCAAAGGUGUUAGGGCUGAGUUCACAAAGCAGUUGGAAUGGACCAAACUUUAUGAUCUAACUAAAAAGUGUUUGGGUUGGGAUGAAGAAACAUUUACAACUGAGUUCAAGAGAUGCAUGAAGUAUAGAACUAGACAGUUCAACAUUAUUACUCUGAUGGAUAUGUUCAAGGGAACCAAGGAAAAAGAAGAGAAAUGA